AAUACCGAGUCAAAAACGCCCCCGCGACAAGGUCCCUCGGGCCACCUCCGCGUCCAGCGUCCUCCAACCCCCCCUCCCCUCCCUUCCCGACCCAAUCCGGAGAGCCCGAUCCCGCCAUGGCGUCGGAGAUCGAGGUCCUCGAGGACACGACCGCCGCCGCGGCCGCGGUCGCCUCCCCCGCCGCGGCCGGCGGGGCGGCCGCCGCGGGGGAGGCGGAGGCGGCGGAGGAGGAGUCGCUCAAGGACGACGUCUGCACGGGCGCCGCGUACGGGGACCUCGAGAAGCUGCACCGCCUCGUCGAGCUGGAGGGCCGGUCGGUGACGGAGCCCGACGGCCUCGGCUACCACGCGCUCCAGUGGGCCGCCCUCAACAACCGCGUCGCCGCCGCCCAGUACAUCCUCGAGCAUGGAGCAGAUGUAAAUGCUAUAGACCAUACAGGGCAAACAGCGCUUCACUGGAGUGCAGUGCGUGGUCAUAUUCAAGUUGCAGAACUACUUCUGAAAGAAGGAGCUAAGGUUGAUGCUGCUGAUUUAUAUGGAUAUCAGACCACACAUGUUGCAGCACAGUAUGGUCAGACAGCAUUUCUUUAUCACAUUAUUUCAAAAUGGAAUGCUGAUCCUGAUGUCCCUGACAAUGAUGGCAGAAGUCCUCUUCACUGGGCUGCUUAUAAGGGAUUUGCAGACUCCAUACGCCUCCUUUUGUUUUUGGGUGCUUAUAGGGGGCGGCAAGAUAAAGAAGGUUGUACUCCUUUACAUUGGGCUGCUAUUCGGGGGAAUAUGGAGUCAUGCACUGUGUUAGUUCAGGUUGGUAAGAAGGAGGACCUUAUGGUGCAAGACAAUACUGGGUUAACUCCGGCCCAACUUGCUGCUGAUAAGAGUCACCGGCAAGUUGCAUUUUACCUUGGGAAUGCUAGAAAAGUGCAUGAAAGAGGAUGUGGUGGGAACAAUUAUUUUGGGAAACUAUCAAAAUUAGGACUCGCCCCUGUGCUUUGGUGUAUUAUCAUUGGCUUAAUUGUUGCAUAUAUACAUUCAGUUAUCGCAGGACAAUACAACUCGAAUAUGACAUUACUAUUUGGUUUCUUUUCAUGGUUGGGAGUUUUCCUUGCAAUUGCUGGACUAGUUAUGUUUUAUAGAUGUAGCAGGAAAGAUCCUGGUUACAUCAACAAGAAUAUAAGAGACUCGCAAACUCAAAGAGAUGAUGAACCUUUGUUGAAGAGGGGUCUAGAUAACCCAGAACUUCUGGCUGGCAAUUGGUCUCAACUAUGUAUUACUUGCAAAAUUGUGAGGCCCAUACGCUCAAAACACUGCUCUACAUGUGAUCGCUGUGUUGAGCAAUUUGAUCAUCACUGCCCUUGGGUUUCAAAUUGCAUCGGAAAGAAGAACAAAUGGGAGUUCUUUAUGUUUCUUAUCCUAGAAGUUUCUGCGAUGAUCAUUACUGCUGCAACGGCUGUCAUAAGAGUCGCAGGUGAUCCAGGCUCUCCAGCAUCGUUUGGUGGAUGGCUUAACUAUUCAGCUACGAACCAUCCUUGGGUGGUGUCUUUUGUUAUAAUGGAUCUCUUCCUUUUCUUCGGCGUUAUAACUCUAACAGUAGUUCAAGCAUCACAGAUAUCCGGGAAUAUAACAACAAAUGAGAUGGCAAAUGCCAUGAGGUACAGUUAUCUCAGAGGCCCGGGUGGUCGGUUCAGAAAUCCAUUUGAUCACGGGGUGAGGAAGAAUUGUUCUGACUUCUUCCUGAAGGGGUACAAUGAGGAUAUUGAGAAGGUAGAACAGACGUCACAUCCUGACGAGGAAAUGGCAAUUAUGCACAUGACAAGAAGUGCAGUCUCGCAGAAUGGUGAGAGUGUGCCACUUCAUGCUAAUGGUGCUGACCAUGUUUGUGCUGACUCACAAACCAACUCAAAAUCGCAUCGCCAAGUUAGUUCGUCUAAAUGUUGUGAUCACAGUAAGAAGACUGACAAAACCCCUUUGGGCCUAGGGUUGGGCCUUGGACGAAACAAUCCCUCUAGCCGUUAUGCACGGAAUCUUCUCCCCUUGUGACUCAUUUGGAGAAUGGCCCCUUGUUCCCUUGCGAUUCAUUUGGAGAAGGCAAGUGUUCUCUUAUUUUAGUUGUAUGUGUUCGUUACACCACGACAGUUGGCUGGCUAUUUCUUCAUAUUGCUAUCGCUUCUUUCUGGCUGCACUGAUAUCGUCAAGGUUGAUGACUAGAUGCAGAGCCACAGAUUCAGUGAGUAUUGAGAUGGCAAGAGCACAAAAGGAGAUCGAAGUUGUAUGAGAGCUCCAAGCGGCAGAAAAAUUCUGAAGGCAUAAUAUUCUUUUGCGUGCAAAAAAUGCACCAGUGUACAUUAUGUUUGACAUUUUGUAUGUACAUGAAGGGUUGAUAGUUCAGAUGCUGUCCUAUUUCGGAAAAUACAGUUGUACAUUGGAAGAGCUGUAAAUUACGAAGUAACCUAAUGCUGGAACGUGAUUUUUCCUGUUUCUUUUUCGUUUUCAGUGUUGCUCUAAUGAGCGAAGUGUCGGCUUCAUUACCACUUUUUAUGUAACCAUGGAACGAAUUUGUGUGA